AUGGGACAAAGAAAAGAUCUUUAUCUCUCAGAUGGUAGCAUUUCAUUUUAUUCUUUUCAAAGCACUCACCUCUGGCUGCAUGGCAGGGCCCAUGGCAGAGAAGGCGCCCACAUGAUGAGCUCCCUGAUUGAAACCUCUUACCUCCAACUGGCUUCCUUUGCACUGGGGACAGUAGGCUGGAUUCUGUGCACCAUUGCCAUGGGACUUGUGGAGUGGAGGGUGUGGCACGUGGACAACACCACCAUCAUCUCCUCUGGCAUCGCCUGGGUGGGGAUUUGGAAAGUCUGCUUCAUCAGUUAUAUUCAUGUCUCACCUGGCUAUGAAGAGCAGUUCUGCCAUAAAUUCAGUGGUUAUGACUCCUCCAUCCCUGGUGAAAUCUAUGCUGCUCAGGGUCUCCUGGUGAUCGCCAUGGUCAUGGGAUUGCUGGGACUGACCGCCACAAUAUGUGCUCUGAGGAAUAUUUAUAUGGGAAUCAGUCAUAAAACUGCCAUUAUCCGUUUCUUCCUGGUGGGUGGCUUCUUCUACGUGUUUGCUGGUCUGUGCGUCCUGAUUCCAGUGAGCUAUAACUUCUACUCUGUAACACAGAACCAGAGCAUCGCCUUCCCUCCCUCCUACCUCAUGCCCUCCAGUCCCGUGGCACAGGAAGCUGGUGCUGCCAUUCCCAUUGGGAUUAUAGCUGCCAUCCUGCUGCUGCUGAGCGGGAUCUUUUCUCUCUCCUACAGAUUCCCUGCAACCACAAACACAUGA